AUGUGUUCGUCUUCCAAGGCGUAUUCAAGGACGAGGCUAGAAUUAUCAGCAGCCGUUCUUGGAGCCAGGCUGUCGAAAUCCGUGGUGGAGAACCACACACUUCUCAUCAAUCGCAAAGUAUUUUGGAGUGAUUCUUGUACGUUCCUUUCUUGGUUGCGGUCGGACCCUCGCAAGUAUCGCCAGUUCGUUGCCUUCAGGCUGACGGAAAUCCACGAUCUUACACAGGUUGAUGAGUGGCGCUGGGUACCAUCCCGUUCAAACGUUGCCGACGAAGCCACCAAAUGGGGCAAAGGACCGAAUAUCGCCUCCGACAGUCGGUGGUUCCAAGCUCCAGAGUUCCUGUACCAAAAUCCCGAAAAGUGGCCCAAGCAAUCACCGAAAAUACCUGAGACAGAAGAGGAGCUUCGCCCGCUUCACCUGCACCAAGGCGUCCUCGGAGAUAAACUGGUGCAGUUUGGAAGAUUCUCAAAAUGGGAACGUCUCGUUCGUGCGGUGGCCUACGUUCACCGAUUCAUCAACAACCUCCGCUGUAGAAUUGAGAAGCAAGCACCAGAUAUAACGGAGUGGCUGAACCGGGACGAAAUGCUCAAAGCUGAGUCCACUAUUUUCAAGCAGAUCCAAGCAGAAUCCUACGGAGAUGAGCUCACUAUCCUCAAGAAAAAUCGAAAGCUGCCCGCUGGAGAACAGUUGAAAAUCGAGAAGGCUAGCAGGAUGUACAAACUUUCCCCUUUUUUGGACGAACAGGAAGUCAUACGGAUGGAUGGUCGAAUUUCAAGCGCACAGCAGGUUUCGUUCGACUUCAAGUUUCCCGUGAUCCUGCCGAAAGGACACGGUGGAACUAAGCUCAUCGUUGACUGGUAUCAUCGCCAAUUCAAACAUUGCAACGGCGAAACUGCGGUGAAUGAAAAGUAUCACAUUUCAGAGUUAAGAGUUACGCUCAAGCAAGCUGGAAAGCAGUGUCAGUGGUGUAAAAUCUACAAAGCAAUUCCCAGUGUCCCGAGAAUGGCUCCAUUGCCGCAGGCUAGAACGGUGUCCCACGUUCGACCGUUCACCUACGUUGGCGUGGACUACUUCGGGCCGAUGUUGAUCAAGCAGGGACGCAGCGGGGUGAAGCGAUGGGUUUCACUAUUCACCUGCCUGACCAUUCGAGCGGUGCAUCUGGAGGUGGUUCAUAGUCUGACGACGGAGUCCUGCAAGAUGGCGGUUAGGCGAUUCAUCGCACGGAGGGGGGCUCCAAGGGAGAUCUUCAGCGAUCGGGGAACAAACUUCGUGGGAGCAAGCCGUGAUCUGAAGGAAGAGCUGAAGAAAAUCAAUGACAACCUCGCCAGCACGUUCACCAAUACGGACACGCAGUGGCGUUUUAAUCCUCCAUCGACGCCGCACAUGGGGGGGUCUUGGGAACGCAUGGUUCGGUCGGUCACAAGCGCGCUGGCAUCAAUUUCCACCGGAGGCAAGCCGGACGAUGAAACUCUUCGUACAUUUCUGAUCGAGGCUGAGUCGAUAGUGAACUCGAGGCCACUAACUUAUUUGCCAAUCGAUUCCGAAGAACAAAAAGCACUUACCCCUAAUUGCUUUCUAAUGCUGAGUACUAGCGGAGUAAAGCACCCUGCUGGAGAACCAAUCGUUGAACGUGCAGGGGCGCGCUGCAACUGGGACCUGUGUAAACGACUGCUGGACACGUUCUGGGGUCGCUGGGUCAAGGAGUACCUCCCUACGAUCACCAAGCGUACGAAGUGGUUCAAGGAUUACAAGCCCGUUGAAGUUGGAGACUUAGUGGUAGUAGUCGAAGAUCGAGUUCGUAACGGAUGGCUGAGAGGGCGUGUGCUACGUGUAUUUCCAGGACGUGACGGGCGCGUCCGGAAUGCUGAAGUGGAGACAGCCAGUGCAGGAGUGGUCGUUCGUUCAGUCGCCAAGCUGGCUGUUCUGAAGAUCGGUGGUACCGCUGAAGCAGACUUCGAGCAAUACGGGCGGGGGGUUGUUACGAACGACGAGAAACCAGCACCCCGGUGCGACAGGGUUACUCGAUCGGCCAGAAAUAGGAGACCACAGUAG